AUGGCGAGCACGGCGGGAACGACGGUGCUGAAGGGACGGCGAGCACGGCAGGUACGGCGGUGCUGCAGGGAUGGCGAGCACGACAAGCACGACGGGGACGGCGGUGACGGCGGGGACGGCGAGGACGGCGGGGACGGCGGGGACGGCGAGGACGGCGGGGACGGCGGUGACGGCGGGGACGGCGAGGACGGCGGGGACGGCGAGGACGGCGGGGACGGCGAGGACGGCGGGGACGGCGGUGACGGCGGUGACGGCGGUGACGGCGGGGACGAGGACCAACAAGUGCUACCAGAUGCAGCGUUAGUGCACUGUGUUCACCAGCGUUAG